UGAAUGGAUUAGAUUAAGCGGUAUUAGUGAAUUAUUCUCAAUUAUGAAUGUUAGCAAUGUUGUUUUUAUUUUUCUGAAACUUGUAUGUUGGUUCACUACAGUGUUGUUGUAAUGCUAAUUAAACUUCCUUUUAAGAGAUGCAGUUCGACGUGCUCGAGGUCGAUGAAAACUAUUAUGGGAAAAAAUGGCUUAGGUGUUGAGCAUGUUAGUUUUGGAGGUAUUUCGGUGAGUGAUUUUGUUUUCAGUUGCGGUACGAACAACACAUGUUUAUUUGGUGGAGUUUCUGGUCUAAUGGGAUUAGGAAGAAGUAAUCUUUCAUUGAUAUCUCAAACCAAUACUACAUUUGAAGGAGUUUUCUUGUAUUGUUUACCAACGGAAAAUGGAGCUUCUAGUUCAUUAGUUAUCGAUAACGAUUCGUCGAUUUUCAAGAACCUGACACGAAUUGCUUACACCAAUAUGGUUUCCAGUCCACAAUUAUCAAACUUUUAUAUACUCAAUCUCAAUGGCAUAAAUAUUGGCGAUGUGACUAGAAGAUACAAACUUGGCAACGGAUGUGUCCUUAAUUGUUUUCCCAUAUUUUUUUGUAUUAAUGGAUAACAGAUCCUGGUUAAG